AUGCUGUAUACUACAGAAGCAUAUGAAAGGAUUGCACGAGUGCUUGAAAAUCUUUGCAUGAGCCGUUAUAAGGAAAAGAAGAGUGUUUUCAAAGUAGACAAGUACAUGUCGAGGGAGCCAGUAUACUUGGUUAGAUGGGAUGGGAAUGCAAUGUAUAUUGUAAAUGGCGAGACUUUUCUGCUUGAGAACAUGGAUUUUGAGAUUGGUGUUGCUGUGGAAAAACAGGUCACGAUUGAGUUCCAUAGAUUUGUAGCAGGCACAGCGGAUGAGAAGAAGGGUGAUGGAGAGGUGCGAUGGACAGAUACUCCGCUGCUGGAGAUAGAUGCAGGAACAGUUAUGUGUGGUGGGAAAGCCACAGGCACACUGGUUAUUUCAAGAGGCAGGCAUGGGCUGAAGCCUCUUGAGCAUACACUGAAGAAGUUUGUAAGGAUUGACUGGUGGGUAAGUGACAAGGGAGGAGUGGAGAAGUCGAUUGUGAAUGCUCUUGUUUUGAAUAAGAUGCUUUGA